UGAGACAUUCCUUCGUUCUCUGUCCUACAUUAAAGCAUGCCACACUUCCUAACUGGGUUUCAGUCACUCAGCCUCCCACUUCACACUUCUCUUCUCUGAAGCUAACUCAGACACCGCCACCAUGUCACAGAAGAUGGUCAUUCAGCAGCCCAAUCACUUUGUUCAGGCCGUCACAUCAAACCGAUGGAGCUCCGAAAUCUGUGACUGCACCCAGGAUAUGUCUUCGUGUUGCUUUGCGUUCUGGUGCUUCCCCUGUUUUGCCUGUAUAACAGCGAAAGAGGCUGGGGAGUGUCUGUGUCUGCCUCUGCUAGACGGUUACAGCCUCAUCCCCCCAGCCACCAUGUCCAUGAGGGUGGGCAUGCGCCAGCGCUACGGCAUCGAGGGCACCAUGUGUAAUGACUGUGUCUAUUCCUUCUUCUGCCUGCCCUGCACCUGGUGUCAAAUGUCACGAGAGAUGAAGACCCGCCUCCAACCCAUCGCUCUCAUCAAUGCACACACAAGAUAAGGAAAGACCUCGCUCUUUCUCAUACUCCUCUUCAUCAUCACUGUCGCGUAGAGUAGGUCAGAAGGCAAACUGAAAAACCUCACCUCUAUCAAAUAAAAGGAUGGUGGACCAGCAAAAGUAA